AUGGCGUGCUCUUUAAGGUUAUUGGAUUCAAAAGAGGAAAUAGAAAACAUUUUAAUUGUACCUUGGUGGUCUCUAUAUCUUGAUAUCCUGAAAAACUUACAGACUAUAUCUAAACUGUAUAUCAAUAUGGAGAAUAAUUUUUGGCGGAUAAUGAAGCAAGUAAAGGGUUCAUUGUGUUAUUUGAUCGCUAAGUUUGCAGAGGAAUCAGAACAUUAUGAGUGGCUUUUUGAACACAAAGAGGUAACAAACUUUUAUAUACGGAGGCAAUUGGCAAUGAUGAUGCUUCCAGAAGUUGAAGAUACCGUAGAAGAUCCGCAUAACAUGCUCAUUGACAGGUCUAAAUUGCUAGUAGACUCGUUCAAGUAUAUUGCCACACUCGAUUAUCUGCCAGGAAGUUUCUUUGUGAAAUUCGAAGAGGAACAAGCUACUGGGCCUGGUGUAUUGAGGGAAUGGUUCUUACUAGCAUGCCAAGAGAUUUUCAACCCAAACAACACGCUUUUUAUUGCUUGCCCAGACGAUAAUAGAAGUUUUUUCCCAAAUCAAGCAUCUGAAGUGAAUCUGUUACAUCUUGAGUAUUUUCAAUUCUCUGGAAGGAUGAUUGCAUUGGCCUUAGCAUAUGAUGUACAAAUCGGAGUUGUUUUUUAUCGUGUAUUUUUCUUACAAUUAGCUGGAAAUGGUGUAUUAUUAGAAGACAUUAGGGACACAGAUCCAUUCAUGUACCGUAGCUGCAAGGAGAUAUUGCAGAAGGAUGCAAAGAUAGUGGAUCAAGACGUGUUAGCAUUAACAUUUGUUUGUGAAGUUGAGUCAUUGGGUGUGAGGAGAGAAAUAGAGCUCUGUCCCAACGGGAAAGAUAUCGUUGUGGACAGCAAGAAUAGGGAGACUUAUGUGCAUCUUCUUAUCCAAUAUCGCUAUAUAACAUCAAUAGCAGAGCAGGUCGCGUAUUUCUCAAAAGGAUUUUCAGAUAUAGUAGAGACUAUGUCUGAUGAGCAGAGAAAAAUGCUCCUUUUCUUCUGGACUUCAAUUAAGUCUCUGCCUUUUGAGGGCUUUGGUGGUCUUGAUUCAAGACUGUCCAUCCACAAAACCCUAGAGCCUGAUGAUUACUUGCCAUCUUCACAUACUUGCUUCUACCAACUAUGCUUUCCAAUUUAUCAAUCCAUGACAGAGAUGGAAGAUCAACUCAAGAUAAUCACCCAGGGAGAUAUUGGAUCCAGCUUUGGUACCGUGUGA